AUGAGCGGUAACCCUAAUAUAACGGAGAAAAAACAUCCCGCAGACAAAAUCAAGGAGACAUUCGAAAAAUUAAAAGAAGAACUCAAAACUCUUGGAAUGAUUCUCGGUGUUAACAACGACUCAACGACUCAGCCACCGGCUUCCUCGACGCAUUCAAAAGAAUCCACGAAGCCUGAUGACAAAAAUCCGUAUCACGUAUGUCUUCAGUUAUUUUUCAGUGGUUCGAAUAGUGAAAUUUUCCAGAAAGAUGUAACAGCUGAUGACAAAAAGGCACGCAAAGCUGCAAAGGCUGCUGAGAAGAAAGCAAGAGCAGAAAAAUCUGUUGCGAAUAAAGCUGCCGCUGCCGCUGGAAGCACUCAACAGCCACAGAAGAAACCAGAACAAGCUGGGAAGAAUCAAGAAAAACCGAAGCAAGAACCCAAACAAGUUGUACCCGACAGCACGGAGAAACUCAUUGAAGAGAACAGACAGUUGACGAAAACCACAGAACAGCUCGCAGCACAAAUGGAAAGUUUAGUUGUUGUUGAAGAAACGAAGACAAAUGGAGAUUUAAAAUCAGCGAUUAAAAAGACAACAGGCGUUGAGAAGAACGUACGACAUGUUCAUAAUGUUAUCAUGCCAUCAGCUGUCACAUUCGAUCUCCCAAAGAAUCAAGUGAAAAUAGUAGCUUCUGACUCCGACGAAGGAGUAGCCUCGGAAAUUGAGUCCACUGCCAUUUCCCAGUUGGAUGAUGCCACGUGUUUGGCUCAUAUUCAUCCAGCUUUCCUGACGUUGUUGGCCCAAUCUGAGUUGGAGAAGAUUCCCGAUGUCGAGACAGUUUGUAUCAAAUUUAUCAAAGCGUUUAAGGAAUUCCUUCGUGAUUGGACUGCUGAAAGAGAGAAAAACCAAACAGAAGCAUCUUCCUUCGGACAUGAUCUCGACCUGGCCAUACGUCCACAACUGGCUCACCUCACACAAAACGGACAUUGGCCGCUUCCAUUCGCCCUUGGCAACACAGUCAGAUUGUUGAAAAGAACUAUCAAACGAGUCGAUGAUCAGACGAAUGCCGAGUGUGGAGAGACAUUGCAAAACUAUCUGGAAGACACGUUGUCGAUAAAUUUCUCUUCCGCUUACAAAGCAAUCAGUCAACUUCUUGUACGCAAAAUCCGACAAUUCAAAAAAGUGGUUGUGUUUGACUGGUGUCCGGUUGUCAAUCAUGUACUUUUGGAUGCUCGAGAACAAAUCGAAGACAUGCAGUUGACUGUAAUUGAUGCGAAUUCAAGUGGAAGAGGUACAAGGCACGUGAAGAGCUUUGUCGAUCGAGGAUAUAAUGUUAAAUAUGUAACGAUGAAAGGAGCUUCAUGGGCAUCUCGUGAUGGCGCUGUCCUCAUCCUUGGAUGCUCUGCGAUUUUCGCGAAUGGAGCUGUAGCCGCACAAAAAGGAGCAUUGGCUUCGGUUCUCACUGCAAACCAUUACAACAUCCCUGUCAUUGUGGUUGCUGAACAUUUCAAAUUUAUCGACAAGGGACAAGUAUUUCAAAGAGUGGCUCUUCUCGGACGUCAAAAUAUUGAGUUCAUCCAAUCGGAUCUAGUGACUGCUGUCGUAACAGAUCUACGAAUCCUUGGACCAACAUCUGCUCCAGCUGUUCUGAAAGCCAAAGCGCUGACAGACAUGGCCUAG